CGAGGGGAACGAACAUUCCGACACUGCGUGCUCCGGAAUCGGAUGCCUGAGGGGAGGGGGAAGGAGGCGGCCGCUGGUACGCAGGCCAGUGCGGCAGGGAUAACGGAAUUCGGCGAACUCGGCUGAGCUGCCUGAGUCUUUGAGUCACGAAGUCGGUCGGCGUCGGCGCGGCGGGCGGUUCGUCAGUCAGCUCAUUUCCAGCCGGCCAGAGAGUUCGUUUGUUUACGUCGCGUCGUGUUGCGUCGCGUCGUUUCGUCACCAUGGAGUGUCCCGUAUGCUGUGAGGCGUGGGACUUACAGGAGGUUCGGCCCAAGGUGCUGCCUUGCUCGCACAGUGUGUGCGCCACCUGCCUCAAGGGCCUGCGGAAGAGGCGAUGCCCGACUUGCCGAGAGGCGUUCGCGGAUCCUGUCGCAGAUAAUCAUUCGCUGAUAGCAGUACUGGAAUCCACCUCGGGGCUGAAAAAGCCCCUGAUGUGGUGGUGCUUGGACUGCCAGUCCGUCUCCUCGCCCCAAUGCUUGGAACGACAGCACAAUGUGAAGCGGCCCAAGGCGGUGCUGCGGCGUGGCCUGCAGGACCUCGUUGCGCGGUGCAGCCAGCACCUGGAGGAGCUCCAGGACGGCGUGCAGGGCAUGAAGGACAGCGCCGCGGUGAAAGCGCUGCAGCUGCUCGACGUCCAGCACGCCUCCUCCAAGGUGUGGCCCGCCACCUGCAAGCUGUAUGUGUGCCCCGACGCCAGCCAGACCAACAGGGUUGCCUGCCAGUGGCACGUCGGCGGCCAGGACGCCCAAGAAGACCUCACCAAGGCGCUUGUCAUGGUCCUCGCUUCAGGCCGGUGCCCGGUGCAGCAGCCCAUGCUGGACGAGGCGCCCGCCAAACGCAAAAGGACAGAUGAGUGUGUGCUCUAUACACAUUCUCAGGAGUCCAGAUUUGAGGAGCCUGAUGUGAAACACCUGGGCCUCUUUGGCCCCGAUCAAUUGGAGGAUGAGAAGGCGGAGGCGCUGCUUUUCUUUCGACAGCAUAGUGUGCGGCGGUUGUCUGUCCGCUGCGACAGUGACCCAAUUUGGAGCCUCGAAGUCCUUAACGCUGCAGCCCCUGCGGUGCAGGAGCUGGAGUUGUUAAUCCCUCGUGCAGAGCACUUAGCCUCGGUGCAGGCCAUGCCACACCUGCGGCGACUGCACAUAUCCAACGCCGCUGAUUUCGACAUAGGACCUGCUGUGCCCCCCAAGCUGCCCGCGCCUUCUCAGUCCAGCAGCGCCAGGUGGUUGCGUGUCAAGGGCUUCGACCGCGCUGCGACGCAGGGCCUGCUUCGCUUGUACGCGGCAUCGCUGAAGGUGUUAUGGCUGGAGGUAGCUGCGUCUCCCAGAGCAGGAUGGCCCAAAGGAUGCAGUGAUUUGGACGCGUUCCUUCGCCCCUGUGGCCUCAAACAGCUGUCGCGGCUGGUGCUUCUGCGGAUAGGGUGCGACUCUGCGACCUGCCGCGCUCAGCUAGCGGCAGCACGGCGCGUGUUGCCGGCCGGGUGCAAAGUGCAGUGCGACUGCUGCGACGGCGUGCCGAGGGAAGCCUUCUAGGCAGCCACGCCCACUCCGUCAAGACGUCAUUUCGCGCUUGCACACUACUAAAAAAUCCAAUGUGUGCCUAGUACACUUCCAUAAGAAGUGUUCUACAGCAAAGUACACUUCUCUUGGAGGGAACUUACCAAGUAGACAUGUAUUGGACUGUACUAGCAAUUACACAUCUAUAGAUGGAGUACUUGUCUAACAAAUACACUUCGAUGGAUGCGUACUCAGCACACAUUGGCUCUUGUAGGGCAGCAAGCUCUGGGUAUGAUUCAGACGGGCUCUUGCGACUGGCGGAGGAUAAGUUCUGAUCGGUUGAUAAAUAUGUAGUGCAUUUAAGUAUUUUGUUUCGUCUCGUUACGUUUGUUGAGACUUACUUGUGCCCUCAAAGUGCCACAACGCCCACAUUUCCAAAAACUAAAAAACAAUUAAGAGCCAAUAAAUGAAAUGACCGAAAA